UCCGCCUGGGGGAGAACGGCUCAGCGUCGGCGGAGACCCGGGCUAAUACGUGUCGUGGCGUUGACCAGGAUAUGGUUUUAGAUUUUUGCGAAGAGAAACAAAAACAAACAGUUUCAAUUCACGACACCCCAGCCUUGUAGUCAUGGGUCAGUGCGGUAUCACGUCAUCGAAGACGGUACUGGUGUUUCUCAACCUCAUAUUCUGGGCAGCAGCUGGUAUUCUGUGCUAUGUUGGAGCCUACGCCUUCAUCACAUACGACGACUAUGACCACUUCUUCGAAGACGUCUACACCCUGAUUCCCGCUGUCACCAUCAUUGCGGUCGGAGCCCUCUUGUUCGUCAUCGGCCUCAUCGGCUGCUGUGCCACUGUACGGGAGAGCCGCUGCGGGCUUGCAGCUUUCGUCGUCAUUCUUUUGCUGGUGUUCAUGACAGAAGUGGCGGUGGUGGUUCUUGGAUAUAUUUACAGAGCUAAGGUUGAGGAUGAAGUAAACAUUUCCAUCAAGAAAGUGUACGAUGAGUACAAUGGCACCAACAGUGAUGCUCCCAGCCGUGCCAUUGACUACAUACAAAGACAGCUCCAGUGUUGUGGGAUCCACAUUUACUCAGACUGGAAGUAUACACGCUGGUUUGAAGAAUCCAAAAACAACAGUGUCCCUAUCAGCUGCUGCAAGCCUAACAUCGGCAGCUGUACGGGUUCCCUCACCCAUCCUGAAGACCUCUAUCAGGAGGGAUGUGAAGCUCUGGUUGUGAAGAAGUUGAAAGAGAUCAUGAUGUAUGUCAUCUGGGCUGCUUUGACCUUUGCUGCUAUCCAGAUGCUGGGGAUGCUGUGUGCCUGCGUGGUGCUGUGCCGGAGGAGCCAAGAUACUGCCUAUGAGCUUCUCAUCACAGGGGGAACCUAUGCAUAAACAACACGUAUUUCUCUCUCUCUCUCACACACACACAGACACACUUGCAAAAUCAGCAAACUAAGAGCAGUUUACAGUUGGGUCCUGUGUGUGCGCUUGAAAAGUAUUCCAACAAUAAACCGUUUGAUAUACUUUUUUUUCAUUUUUUUUUUUCAUAGAGCUACUGGCCAAACUCUUGAGCGGUCAAUGAGAAUGAAAUCUUUUAUGUAUUCUGUUGCUCUGAAUACUUAGGUUUUACCCUUUUGUUUGUGGUUGGCAAGGAUAUUUCUAGAUCUUCUGUACUGUAUAGAAUAAUAUGUGGAGUUGGUACUUUCCUCAUAUGUUAGUUUGCACUAUGUGUAUGGCUUUGGGAUAUUUUAUAAAUAUUUAAAUCAUGUAUCAUGUACUUGAAUGAAAGAAUUACACUUUGUACAAUUUUGCCCUGUACCAGUGCUACUACUAUAUAAUUUAAUACUGCUACUACUACUGCUACUUUGAAGAUGAUGAUGAUGAAUGUUUUGUUUUGGAACCUCACCCUUUACCAGCAGUAUUCAUUCAGAAAAUAGUAUGACUGUAGGUAACCCAGAUGAAUGACUAUAGGAUUGGGCAAUAAUCUCACUAAUUUAUCUGUUCUUUCUGGCAAGAAUAAGGCCACAUAAUCUGCUGCAUGAACAUUUUCAAACAUUCUUAAGACAUUUUUGGCCGAUAGCUGUUGUAUUUGUUAGGGUCUGAACCCCCUGCCCAUUAUAGAUUUAGAGUAUCACAAGCUGAUAUGUAGCAGUGGAAAAUUCCAAGAUUGUAAAUAAAAUAAGGGGGGGGGUAUUAAAUGACAUUUUAAAA